GAACAUUAUGAGAUCGGCAUUAGUGACGACUAUGGUUUCCUCGUGCGCAAAAUUGAUGUCUCAUCGUCUGUAGCACUGGUUGACCUGCGACAGCCAACUUCACCAGGCGAGACAGUGGAAAGUUUUCGAUCCUGUCUCCUAACUAUCUGUUCUCAGUCUCUCUCGACCUCUGGGACGAUUUUAGUGGUCUCCUACGACCGUAAAGCGGUGAAGCAGACCGGCAGUGGCCAUUAUGCAUUGGUUGGGGGCUAUCACCCAAAGCGCGAUCUCAUUCUUCUACUAGAGACCGCGGCAUUUAAGUACCCCUCUCACUGGGCGCCUCUCACUGCCAUCUAUAACGGUAUGUGCGCCCUCGAUAAGGUGACUGGUCGUCCACGAGGAUAUAUUGCUGGUGGUCGUCUACGUGCAGUUGCCGAUGAGUGGACACUUUAUCUCAACUCGACACCACUAGGAAGCUUGGGAAAGACAUGCUGCUGCCUCCUACAAUCCGAGGGUCAAGAACGAGGCUGUGGUUGGCGUCAAGAUCGACACGACCUACACUCCUGCUCGGGACCCGGGAAUUGCUCCCCCAUUAUUAGACCUACCUCACCACUCCAAAUUGGCCCCGCGCAUCGCUGUGAGUGUCCUUGCCUCGUGGACACACUGUUUGACCAUCUUCUCGCCUUCCUUAUCAAACACCGGCCUCCUGACUUCUUCUUUACCUGUCACCCUCUCUGGGCCGACUCCAGUGUCAUUGUUUCCUCUACCACCGAAACAGCCACACAGGUGAUAUUUGAGCUUGUGUCAUCAGCUGCAGGUCGACGAGCUAGACUGGCAUUGGAGCGACUGCAACAUCGGUCCUACGAGUGGCUGACCUCAGGCAGUGGAGGCCCAUUAACUUAUCGCCCAAUUUCGACUUUAGGAUUGAGGUUGAAAGAAGCGAUAGGAACAGCCACUACGUCGGAGAGCGGUGUCCUCUGUCGACGCCCUGCUUGCGCAAUGCCCCACAUCACGGAUCCGAAGAUUAGGGCAACAGCCCUCCUCACCGCAUUCCUUCUCGCCUUCCCCUACCACACUAUUUCGCGCCGUUUCGAAGCUGCUGACGAUGCAAUCGCCACGGACGAUGGUGGUACCCAGGGCGCCAUCGUGGAGGCCCUCAGAAGUUCUAAUCACUUGCUCUACCACCUGCCUCGUCUACCCAGUCAGACGUGUUUCACUGAACUUACAUUGGGCACUCGAAACGAGCUUAAUACCCUUUCUAAAAUCCUUGCUCAACUCAUAUCCGUUCGUCGGGCCCCCGGUAGUCGAUGCACCGAGAAUACGUCAAACUAG